AUGGCUCCCAAUCGUAUAUGGAAACCUGCGCGCAAUGCGGAACAUAAUCGGCAUCCCACGCAUCCUACGCAUCGAACAGCGUUCCGAGUUCGCGAAAAUGACAUUUUCGAUUUCCUAGAUGAAAAUGAGAAUCCAACCGUACUACCGGAUCAUCACCCUCCAUCUCCUAUAAACCCUCAAAACAAAGCCAGAAAUGGGAUUACUGAAUGGAUGGCUCGAGAUGACUUCGGCACGGGUGAUAAUGACGCCCCACCGGAUCAACCUGAUGAUGUCGUGCAGAUUGAUACUUCGCCAGAUGCUAGUGAAGUCUCGGCGAAUGACACCACAUAUUUGCAAAGGACAACUCUAGAUAUUACUCGCGAUAUACUAGAAGAGGUCUUGCCAGAAGAGGAUCAUUUCAACGGUGCUAACGAGGCGAUGCCACCGGAUCCAGACGCUGCGAAAAUCAUCAAUGCCGCCCAGGAUGCAGAAUUGGAUGAUGCUGGUUUUGACGAGGCAGAAUCAGAUCUUGAAGUUACAUCUCAUACGCUCUCUACAUCACAUACGCUCUCUGCAUCACAUACGCUCUCUUCUGGGACUUCGCACUUGCCAGAUGAUUCUGUCAAAGUUUUUCACACUCCGGAACACCAAACGCUGUCUCCUUUCAAAACUAUGCUAGCUGUUUGGGAGCAGUUAAACGGAGUUUCUCGCGAAGGUCAUAGACAACUAGUGGAAAUUUUCGACCUAAUAGAAAGCCUCGAAGAUGUGAAAAGCGUACCGAAAUAUAAACCCGUUCUAAUGCAGAAGCUCGAAAAGGCCCUCCCAUUGCGCAGUAUGUGGAAGACGACUUUGAAACUUGACAACACUCUCCUACCUACUCGCACUCGCCUUGAAGAAGAUUUACUUUCCUUUGAUCUCGCUGAAACCGUAUCAGCAAUCCUGAAUUCCUCCACGAUGACAAGUGACAUUUACACGGGGAUGGCUCACUAUACUGAUGGCCCUAUUCGGAAUCCAUGGGAAGCACGCUGGUGGGGGGAAUCCCUUCGCACUACAUCGGGUCAAUACUUCUACUACCCUAAUAAAACGCCUAUUUUCCCAUCUGAUUUCGUUUGUUGGAAAUGCACAGAAGCCUCUUGUCCAUUUAAAAACCAUGAGUGCGAAUGUGAACAUCUCGGGCGCGUGAAAUAUUGCGGGUUAGAUUAUACUCUAGCAGCCCAAGCAAACAAAUCAACUGGGAAACCUAUUAUACUGGUACAGAAAGUGUUCAAGAGAAACGAGUUACCUCCAGAAAUUAUAGCAGUUUCAAGUGCGUCGGGAAUUUCACAGACGAUGCAAGGAGAUUCGGAGUUGAUUUUAGUCGAAGACCAAGAAAUUGCUUUAGAUCCUGAUGCGAUACUCUAUCAAAUCCAACCAGUCGUCAUCGAUUAUAAAUUCGACCCAAGCAACAAUGCAAGGCCUCCUGUCCCAUUAUUCUCGCAGCAUGCUAUACGUUACGUCUUCAAUUACGAGAGUAAAAAAAUUCGCCCAGUCAAGAUGAUGUCACCCCACAGAGGCGAGCUAGAGUUGGAUGUUUACGGUCGCCAACACUUUAUAUUAAAUUUCGCAGGCAAACAUGUCAUUUCGCUGCCAUUCCAAAUGUUCAUGGAUGCUUUUGGUCUUUACCGUAACAUGUAUCGAUCGAUUCUAGGCAUUUACCUAAUUGCGGACUUUUUCGCAGAACACCGACGGCUUCGAAAACACAGCAUACUGCCAUUGGCCCUCGGUCCAUAUGCUGCUGAACUUUCGGAUGUCUUGAAGGGUCUUUUUCAUAUCAGAGGUCUGGACGGUGGGUUGGAGAUGGAAAUCAAUGGCCAACGCAUAUUUGUAUGCGCUUUCAUUUCAUGUAUCACGGGAGACAUGCCGUCUCAGGCGAAAUUAUCUGGGUGCCUCAGCCAUCAAGCAAAUAGACCAUGCCGAUAUUGCUUUAUCGAAAUCAAAAACCGAGAGGACCUUGAGUUUGAUAUCAUUCACAGUGGCCGAUAUCAUACGCAUACCGUCAAUGACCGUCGCGAGAUUUCGCAUUCGAAAAUUAGUUCAACACAGAAGUCCAAAAAAUUCACAUUACUCGGUAUGCAUGACGAUAAUACAUUAAUGGGUGUCCUAGAUUCUCUUUUUCCUGCGUUAGAUAUUAUUCGCAGUCGGCCACUUGACGCACAUCAUUCGGAAUGUCAAGGCCUCUCCCGUGUCCUCCACAACUUUGUGUUUAAGGAUGGAAUGUCUUUUCUCACUAGCAGCGCAUUGAACGAGGCAUCCAACGUCUACCAAUCUUUCAAAGGCCCUCCCGGUUGGCAACGACUGCAGUCCCCGAAAAGGCAUCUGGAUUCUUGGAGGAUUCAAGAACUUACCAGAGGCGCCAUCAUCCUCCCAUUUCUUCUCCGCUGUUGGUUAAAGGUGCAUCAUAUUAAAAAGGACCAUGGGCAAAGGAUUGUCGCACUUGCAAAGGAUUAUCUAGACACAUCAACAUAUCAGGUUCAAGUCCAAAAAUUCAACGCAGCCGAUUGGGUGAUCGCAAUAUGUUGGACUUUCGCACGCUCCCUUACAGCGAUACUUGGACAGAACCAGACAGCAGAGAAACGUAAGCAACUCAGCAAACGUAUCAUCGAAGGCAGAAAGGCCAUCCAAUGUCUCUGCCAGAUUAAUGCGAAUAUUAGCCAAAACCGCGCUGAUGUUGCGAAAGAUCGUGCAAUGUCUAAAGCGGCACUUUUCUCAACAGGAUAUCCUGCCAUUGGCGACCAAGACAGUAUGGGUAGCCGUGUAGCAUUAAACCAAGCAAUUAUAGCCCCUUCAGUGGCUAGCGGUUCUACAACACGACGCCGAGCAGCUAAUCCUCAGGAUAAAAACAACCAGUAUUUAAAUAUGAAAGGACUCCCCAACAUUCAUAGUGGGCUCCAUAUCCCUGACGUGGUGGCCGAAUAUGGAUCAUGUAAUCUAGUAUCAACGUUACCCGGAGAGAGGAAGCACAAAGAAUAUAAGUCAAUGAUUACUCGGACGAAUCAUCGCGAUGCCGCCAGCACUCUGAUGAAAAUGGAAAAUAUUUCACAGACAAUCUCUUUCCUGCUAUCUGGAUGCUUCACAAAUACGAGUCCCGAGUUGAUUGCUACUUUUGAGAUGGCAAGAACCUGGUGCCCAUCUCUGACUGAAGCACUUAAUCCAAGUUUCGGAUUAGAGGAUGAGGAUGAAGAGCAAGGUUUAUCAUUUAUCGAUAUCCAAAAAGAUCCCGACCAUCUAUCACCGAAAUCGCUACACAAGUUGGCAAACAGGCAUGUUGCUGCACGAAGCGAUCCUCUUUGUAAUGUUGUUUGCCUUCGAACUGGCGAGGGAAGGUAUAGCGAAUUCGCUACGAGAUUACGAGCGGCACAUCUUCGCGAGUACGGAGAAUAUGUACAAGUGAUGGACUCUACACCACUGCAAUGGUCUAAAAAGUUUUCUUUCACAGACGGGCAAGUGAUUUAUCAACAGACCAUUUCUCACUGGAAAUUUUCUAACAGCGCGUUAUAG